GAUUUUCUUCUUCACACUCACACGACAAAGUGCAUUCCACUUUUUCUCACCAACCCUCAGUGCAUGCUUGUAAAUCUCAAGAACCGCCCUCCUCUCUUCCCUUAAUUUGUACCCAUAAGACCCGUUUUUUCUUUCAUUGAAUCGUCCGUCGCAUUGCAGCGAAGAUCGACAUGAAGAAGCAAAGCAAAAACAUCCUCUGUUCUUCUUUUACCCUCUUCUUUCUUCUUGCACUGAGGAGCGUGGCAGCAUCAUCCAUGCCCGGAGAAGUUGAGGAUGAGAGAGAGUUCGAUUACAUAGUCAAGAGCAAGAAGGGGCCAAGGCACUGGGGAGAGCUGAGGAAAGAAUGGGAAGCGUGCAAGAAAGGUGAAAUGCAGUCGCCAAUCGACCUGUCGAGCCGGAGAGUGAAGGUGAUUCCCAAGCUGAGGGAGAUAAAGAGGAGCUACAAGCCCAGCAAAGCGAUCCUUAAGAACAGAGGCCACGACAUUUCUCUUCAAUGGGACCUGGGCAGUGCUGGAUCAAUUAAAAUUAAUGGCACUCGACAUUUUCUACAACAAUUUCACUGGCAUUCCCCUUCCGAGCACACCAUCAACGGCAGAAGGUAUGAAUUAGAACUCCACAUGGUUCAUGUAAGCACAGAUCCGGACGUUAAACACAAGAUUGCUGUAGUUGGACUCCUUUACAAGACUGGCCAACCAAAUGCUUUCCUUUCCAAGUUAAUGGGGAAUGUACGGUCCAUGGUUGAUAAAAAGGGUGAGAGAAAGAUGGGCGCGAUUGAUCCAAGAGAGAUCAAGAUGGGUGGCAAGAGUUACUUGAGAUAUAUGGGCUCCCUCACUGUCCCUCCUUGCACGGAAGGUGUCAUUUGGACUAUCAACAAAAAGAUAGGAACAGUAUCAAAGGACCAAAUCAAGUUGCUCAGAGAGGCUGUACAUGAUUACGCGGAGAAGAAUUCGAGGCCUGUGCAACCACUGAACAGAAGAGAGAUCCACCUCUACCAACCAAAUGAAGAAGCAACACCAAAUUAACCAUUUAAAAAAAAAAAAAAUUGUUUGAUAUGAUGGGCUUGUACCACUCAAAACAUGAUUUCAUUUUUACACUAUUAUAUAUCGAUUUUUCUCUAUCUCU